GUGAAACUAGAAACAUUUGGUGGAGCUACUUUCAUUAUUGAGUUUAUACUAUAAGCAUAUACUUAUACGAGUACAAAUGUACCUGAUAGAAAUUUAUUUUCAAAACAACUAAAGUAAGCUCAUAUUAUUCAGGAGAGUAAAUCUGGGAACACACGUACCCUCCUAAUACGCACAAAUUGCGCGAAUACAGCUGCAAUUUGACAACAGAAUACAGAAACAACAGAAUUGAACAUUAAGCGAGAUUAUCACCUAGCUAAAGAAAGUAGCCAAAAAUUGAGAUGCAAACCUGCACGAACUUUCUGCUCCACUGCCCAGCUUUUGCAAGACUGAGAUUCAACAUCUCGACGAAAUAGUCGGAAUCGAUUUUAGCCGCUUCUAAACAUUUGCUUUUACGAAUUUGUGGCAUAUUUAAAGCGUUUUGUGGAUGUUUCAGAGUUUUUUGUACCAAUACUUAGGAGCGUUUAGGGAUCACAAUUCACCGCAACUUUCAGCUGUCCAAGUGGGGUCCGUCCACCAGUUCUCUUAUAUUCUUGGUGAGAUAUCAUAACGAAAUAAAAAGAAAUUAUCGAAGAGAAGUCAGUUUUCACCAAAAAUAAAAUAAAAAUUCUGAAAAUAAUCUUAAAUAUACAUUAGAAAUAAGAAUUUCCAAGUGUUUAUUGCUAAAACCGUAGACUAUUGUACGGGGAAAAUGUAUACACAAUGUAUACAUAUAGUAUUAAUAAUCACGAAUAUAAUGAGUACAUGAUACUCUAAUAAAUUAUGAAAAAUACACUAAUAAAUUGCUCAUGCAUUUCCUACUGACCCUAACGCCGCCUCAGUCAUACAAAUUGAUUUCAGCACAGUCGUGUCGUCAGCAGUGACAUCGCGCUACGCCAAGAAAGUGGUCAAGUGCAAGAACGAACGACGAAAAAAAGCAUGAAAACCAACAAGUGAAAUAAAACAAAAGACAAAAAGCACACGACCGACUAAAUGGGUGCCGAUUAAGCUUGAAGAUCCGCGCAUUCGACGAGCGCCACAAAUGAUCAUCAGCAAAGCAGGAGAGUGACCGAACGAGAGAGAAACAAACAACAACAAGAAAAGAAUAACAGAAUUAUUAUGAUGCAAAUGUGUAUAUGAAUACAACAACUACGGCAACAUAAGCAGACUAAGCAGGGCUAUCGAGUACAACAACAACAUCUUACUAAUGACUAGCAAGACAGCAUACUUUUACUGCCCAAAUACGCUGACGAACCUUUUCGCUUUGCGGACAUCCAUAAUGAUCGUCACAGCCGAGCGGAGGAACGCAAAGGUAAACCGGCAACGCCGCAAUACAACAACAACAUGCACAAAUUUGUGUAUGUGUAUGUAUAUAAAUGCAAUAACAACAAGCAGCUUGUAGACAAGCAAUCGAAUGCCAAUGAAAACAAUGAGCUCUCCGCUUUGGUCAGAUCUCAGCUGAAACGAUCGACGAGGUAGUCGAAUCCGAACCUUCGACGCUACCACAAGUUGACUGCGCUGUGCUUUUGGUGCUGCUGGCUAUUGCAUUGUUGUUGUUCUUCGAUUUUUUUCUCACAAAGUACAGGCCAAAUCUCAAUAGUACGCUUGAAACGCGGUGUACGCUGCACGCUUCGGUCAGAUUGCAAAUUGAAACAACACUGGGCGGUUAACUAGUGUGAAGCGCUGCGCGACGUAACUCCAACGCAACCAAAUAAACGGAAAAUUUUUCAAAAAUAAAAAAAAUAAUUGAUGUUUAUAAUUGAAUUGUGUGUCGCAGAGAUUACUUUGGAAGAGUGAAUUUAAUCGAAAUGCUGAGCGUAUAACUCAAGCAUAUGAAUUAGAUGCGAAGUCAGAAAUGAAAAAAAUAAUACAAAACCAACUAAGUGCUGAUUAAAAAGAGAUAGCUGUGAAUUUGACAACCAUAUAUUGUUAUACGUAUGUAUGUGUAAUCGUUUAAAGUUGGAAAAAAAUAAUUGAAAAUAUAAAGGAGCAAAAAAGACAGCAAAGGUUGAGUCAAGAAACAUAUCAGUUCGGAACUAGAACAUUCUAACUAAAAUCCUACAAGUCAAAAAACAACCAAACUUCUACUCAUUUUGGGGAGAAUUGACACCCAAAGGGAUCAUAGUUAUUUACAACAACGUGCGCGCGCAAACUAUUUGAGCUAACAACGGAAAGACGCCACCGGCUAAUUGAAAGGCGGAGAAUCUCACAAUUUUUAUAUCACGAAUAAUAUUGCAACAAAAAUAUAAUUAAAUUAUUAAGCAACAGUAAAUUAAAGAUUUUUGCAGCGAAUGCAAACAAGUUUAAAUUAAACGCCAAAAAAAUAAGUGCCAAAGUGCUAAGGAAAACCACGGACGAAUACAAACAUAUACAAUUCUAUAGCUUGAAGGAAAGUCUAAUCUAACAAAAGGUCUAAUCAACACAUAUACACAAACAAAAGUGCCGAAUAUACAUAUUUGUAAUUAACUGCCAGACGCGCGCAUCUGCGUUAAACAUUAUAUAACAAUUAAAAUUACAAACGUGUCAAAGGUUUCUGUACAUUUACAAAAUAUAUAAGAUCCACACGCAAAAUGGCUAAAGAGCUGAAAUCACUUGGCUGGGACUACUUCAUGUUUGUGGUCUUCAUUUUGAUCACCAUAUUCGCACCGCUUUGGAAACGUAUAUUCGGCAAGAAGAAAGAGCGCAGCAAAGCCGACUAUGUCUUUGCCACAGGCGGCAUUUCAAUUGUGGCCAUUAUGUUAUCAAUUGCACGCGGCACGCUGGGUGUACGCACCGUACUAGGUUAUCCCAGCGAGCUGUUUUAUCGUGGGUCGGCCAUGUGGGAGAACAUCUACGGCAUGGUCAGCGCUUAUCCCAUUGUGUGCUUCGUUUUUGUGCCAGUCUACUUUAAUUUGGGCAUCACGUCCGUCUACCAGUACAUAGAUUUAAGAUUUAAGAGCCGACUGGUGCGUUGCCUCGCUUCCGGCACCUACAUUGUGCGGCAACUUUGCUCCCUAGGCAUUGCCGUUUACACACCCAGCGUCGCAUUGUCGACCGUAAUUGGCAUUCCCUAUUGGGCAUCCAUUGUGGGCAUGGCUCUGAUUUGCAUAUUUUUUACCAUCAUGGGUGGUUUGAAAGCAGCCAUUAAUGCCGAUGUCAUACAAACUGUAACAGUAAUUUUGGUGACAUUAGCUGUCAUUGUGAAAGGUCUCAUGGUCAGUGGCGGCGUACAACACGUUUACGAAGUGAAUCGCGAUAACGGUCGCUUAACAUUCUUUAACUUCACUGGCGACAUGACCGUUCGCGUAGACACGCUUUCCGCUUGGGUUGGUCAAUUGUUCAUGUCCUUGUCACAGUUUGGUUGCCAGCAAAAUUUCAUGCAGCGUUAUGUUUCACUGAAAUCUAUGAGUGAUGUGCGACGCGUCAUGAUGACAAAUAUUCCCAUCAUCGUCGUAUUCUUUUCGCUCUCUUGGCUCUCGGGUAUGGUCAUCUAUGCCAGCUAUAUAAAUUGUGAUCCAUAUGCUGAGGGCUACAUACAAAAACCGGAUGAAAUUUUGCCAUUUUUCGUAGAGGACCAGUUGGCCGUAAUACCCGGUUUUGUAGGCAUCUUCAUGGCCAUGCUUUUCAACGGUGCCUUGUGCAUGAUGGUGUCGAAUUUAAAUUCAUUAGCUACUGUUUGCUGGGAGGAUUUCGUCUCGCAAAUACCGCAAUUCAGGGGUCUCAGCGACAAGCAACAGCUUUUCAUUCUAAAGAUUAUAACCGUCAUUUGUGGCUUGAUUACAAUUGGUGUUGCAUUUGGUGUGGGUCUACUGUCCGGCGUAAUUGAAUCAUCGAUGCUGGCAUUUUCGGCUACAUCUGGCCCAUUAUUGGGCUGCUUCAUAUUGGCAAUGCUGGUGCCGAUUGCUAAUUGGAAGGGUACCUCCACUGGCAUGAUUGCAUCGUGCGUUUUCGUGCUAUGGAUCAUCACUGGCAGCGCUACUGUCGAUAAGACUGCUCAGAACACUUUCCUGCCCACAUCCACAGAGGGCUGCACCAACACAACUUUCUCGCCAUCUAUAACUAAACCGAAUAACCUCGAACAAUCUUGGUUGAUCUCACAUUCGCUGCUCAACAAUUCUACACCUCUGCAACAAACAAUUAUGGCGCCUGAACGCACCCCAAUGGAGACAUUCUAUUCCAUCAGUUACAUGUACUACAGUCUGCUCGGUGCUGUGAUUACGGUUGGUGUUGGCGUUGUAAUCAGUUAUCUUACACGCGAUCCUAAAGACGCAUACGAUGCUAAGCUCUUACAUCCGAUGGUAUUGCGUUGGUGCGAACGUUUCCCUGGCGACAAACCCUAUAUAAUCGGUGAUGCCACCAGUGAUUUGACCACAGUCGAUAAAGGAAAAGGCGCUAAAGUAAAUCUGGCAUUUGAUGGACAAACCGAAUCGAAUAUCAUUAUUGGCACCAACAAUGAAAAACAAAAACAUAAUCCCAUUGAUGUUGUGUUCACGAAUGAACAAAAUGGGCACACAAAUGACAGCACUGAUGAGCGUAGCAUAACAAAGGGUAGUCUAGCGAGGGCGGCUGAAAUGGAUACACCACCGAGCGGUGGCGAAAAUGGCACAUACCGACAAUUCAAAGAAAAAGAGACAGUGUGAUACGCACCGGUAGUGGUGAAUAACCUAUGAUGAAUAACCUAUGAUGAUAUGCGGCGGACCCUUGAUAUUUAAAAGUGCAUCGUAGUGACUUAAGUUAAUUUACUUAAUAUGUUAUUUUGCUAAUGUUAUAUACAUACAUACUAUAUAUUACUAUAUUUUAUUUUAUACAGAUAGAGUUUAUUGUUAGUAAUGUUUAAGUCUGAAAGUUACAAAUAACUUAAAAGCUUCUAAACUAGCUGGUAACGAUAAUUACACCAGAAUUUAUACACACAUACAGAUAUUACAAAUAUUGCUACAUACAUACAUAUGUACAUAUGUAUAUAUAUAUAUGUAGGCUUAGAAAGUUAGUUAACUAAGUCAUGAAUUAAUGUUGUAUGUGAAGAUGAUGAAGACACUGUGAUCAUUAAUUAGUUUGAUUACUUGUACUGAUCGAUUCAACAUGUAUAUGCAUAUAUAUUUAUAUAUAUACAUAUUGGAUCUAUGUGUUCACAUUUGUGAGAACAACUUAUAUACAUAUAUUUUCUGACGUAUAUUGAUAUAUAUAUCUACCAUAUAUAUAUGUAUAUUAAAGUUAUAUUUUACAAAAAUUUGUUAUAUGUAUACACAUUUGUACGAUGCAUUCAUGUCUUAGAAAUAAGUACAUAAAUUGAAACUAAUAUAUACAAUGCAUAUAUUAAAAAGAAAAUUGUAACAUUUAAGAUUCACAAAAGUUUACAUGAAUUGUAAGUACAUGCAAUACAUGCUAAAUUCAACGAACAUUAUUGGAUAUAAGUAUACUCGUAUAUAGCUAAACAUUUAGUGUUUUAAUAUAACGCCCUAUGUGAAGAAUAAAGUUUAGAGUUUUAA